AUGUCCUCCGGAGCAAUGCAAUCAAAGGUCGGCAACCCUCAGGUCUACAACGAUGGAGACCAGAGGCCUCACGGAACUGAGGCGCCUCCCCGGUACGAAGCCGGCCAACAGCACGCGCACAACAUCUUCGACCCCCAAGAUGACCAGACUCUCGACAACCGCCGCCAGCGCGAAGAGAAGCGUGAGCGCGACGCAGAUCGCAAAGCGGAGUCGAAGACUGUCACGAACCCGCUCGAGCCCGCGACGAGACAGGGCCACAAGCCUUCGCGAGGGGCACAGGUAGACGCGGAGCUCCAGGAGGAGGACGAGGCUGCGCUGGAGAAGAAAAAGCAACAGAAAGGGUCUUUCGGACCCACGAAGGGCAUGACAUAA